CUCUUGUGUCUGAUUGGAUUGUUUUCACAAGUGGGUGGGGCUUAUUUGUUGGUCCAUGAACAGGUCGUUUAGCCACACCCACUCUGACUUGUCAUGCAUCAUCCACCUGUCUAUCUGACAAUCAUCUAAAAUAUAUUCCACAGAGCACAGGCUGAGACACGCGGCGCUGUAGGACCUUCCCCUGACCCCUGACCCCGCUGUCGCUGGAUGAACUCACAUGGUUAAACAGUUCUUUAGUGGUGAGGUGAGAUUUCUUAGAACUGUUCAUGGUUUAUUUUCAUGGAGAAGAAGGUCAGUGUGAGGAAUCUGAGAUUAAAGAGCGUGUGAGCGCUGCUGCUGCGACGCUCGUCUGAAAUCCACCAACAGGACGACGGCAAACUCACGGCACCGCUACAGGUACAGCAGAGAACAUGGAGAAAGCGUGCUGAUGGACCUCCAGCUCAGUGAGGAGAGAGAGAGAGUGUGUGAGUGUGUGUGAGUGUGUAUUUUGUGCAGGAGCUGAUUUCCAUGGCGCUGAUCGCUGACCUGAGCAGAACGUAGUGGUGGAGUGUAAUCGCAGGUCUCUCGUUAGAGGAUCUUCAGCGUAUAAUCCGACACUCUGUUACACUCACACACACUUCACUGUACAGGACCUCAUCCAGCGUGAUGAGGAAACACCUUCAAUAAGCACACACGCAGAGGGAAAAGGGGAAAAGCAGUCCGUCUGUCUCUCUGGCACGCGCUCAGCUCCUUCCUCUCCGCGUGCACAUCUGGACUCCGGCUCGCGCUUCUGUGGUUCCGGGGCAGUGUGUUCAUGCAGCGGCCGUGUGUGUGAUGCGCGAGCGCUGAGGAGAGAGAGAGAGCAAAAAGGAGGAGAGGAGAAUGAGGAGGAUUACAGAAGGUCGGGGAGAGAAAAUGGGGCAGCGCGCGCUCGCCUUUCUCCUGUUAUUACCGUGGCUCAUGUACGACUCGCGCGCAGGAUUUCCCAACCAGAUCAGCAUCGGUGGUGUGUUUCUGCGCUCCACAGUUCAGGAGCACAGUGUGUUCAGGUUUGCGGUUCAGCUCUAUAACACCAACCAGAACGUGACGGAGAAACCGUUUCACCUCCACUACAACGUGGACAACCUGGAGCAGAGCGACAGCUUCUCCGUCACACACGCCUUUUGUUCUCAGUUCUCACGGGGUGUGUAUGCCAUAUUCGGUUUUUACGAUCAGCGCUCGGUGAACACACUCUUGUCAUUUUCCGGGGCUCUGCACACAUCCUUCAUCACUCCAUCACAGCCUGCCGAGGCCGACACCAAUUUCCUGCUCCAGCUGAGACCCGCCCUUAAAGGGGUGGUGCUUAGCAUGAUCACACACUACAAAUGGGAAAGGUUUGUCUACCUGUAUGACACAGAUAGAGGGUUCUCUCUGCUGCAGUCAGUAAUGGAAGCUGCGGUGGUGAAUGAUUGGCGGGUGACGGUUCGCUCCGUUGGGAACGUUGCUGAUGUACUGGAAUAUCGGCGUAUUGUUGAGGAAAUGGAACGUCGUGAGGAGAAACUCUUCAUCAUCGACUGUGAAGAGGAACGCAUCAACGCUUUGCUGGAGCAGGUACACACACCACCUCAUGACCCAUGA